GUCUAUGACUUGUCCCAAGCCUCGACCAGCCACAUGCGCACAGAGCUUGAAGAUGGUGCACUCAUGACAGUGAAGACAAACUGCGGCAAGCUGUACUCCCGACAGCACAACCGGUUGAUGAACGUAGAGGAGAUUUUUACAACGCUGUGUGCAUCCACGGCUGGAAGCCCCGCCAUCGAUGUCAGCCGCCUGCCGUCGUCCAAGGCGUUUGCGUUGGCCGGGAAUGGUAUGCAUGUAGCACAGGCAGGUGCCAUCAUGAUGAUAGCGGCCCUGUUUCUGGAAAGAGUGUAG